AUGCUGGCGACCGGACCGGGUCGGCCACUUUACGGCAUUUUGGCCUUUAUUCUCCUUUUUGCACCUCUAAUCUCAGCCCAUAUUCGCCUCGUUUUCCCGCCCGCCCGUCAACCGGCACUCGACUCUUACUCGACGUCAAAUGCUGAACCGCCAUGUGGAGUGCCAAAACCACCACAGGGACAAGGCGUGCACACUUUCCUCCAGGCCGGCUCCGAGGUCGACGUCGAGUGGAUUAACGCGAUUCCACACAUGGGCGGUAUCCGAAUCGAGGUGCUGAACGCGUUGGAUCAACCGAUCGCUAUCUUCACGAAUUUCAUCGAUCCCUACAAUAUCUCCCAUCCCACGAAGAAAAUCUCUUUGCCGAAGCAGUUCGAGUGCCAGAAUUGCGCUCUCCGCCUCUCGCAUCAGGCCACCGAGUACGGCACUGAGUACCAAUUCUUCUCCUGUGCUGAUGUCAAUAUUGUCAACACGAUUCCCGACGGUGACUCGUGCUCGGGAAAUGGACAACGCAUGAACGGAGAAUGCGAAUGCGAUGACAAAUUCACGGGCAACUAUUGCCACAUUGAGAACGAGUGUGCUCAGGAAACCGAUUGCGGAACGCAUGGCGUUUGUCGGUCGACUCUCGAUCAACCGAGGGGACAAUGCUUCUGUCAAAAGGGAUAUUUUGGAAAGACUUGUGAUAAAGUUUCCCGUGGUCCAAACAAUCCAAACGACUUUGACCCAACAUUAUACAAUUUGCGACAAGCCGACGACAACAAGAUCUACUGGAGAAUUUUGGAGGACGAGAUCGAGUUCGUCUUGAAAUUCCCCGGGAAAUCGUGGGCGGGAAUCGGCUGGAAACCCCAGGAUUUCGUCUGUCCAACCAUAAUUCCACAACCGCCAUUGCAUCAACAGAAAGAGGUCACCUACCCGCAAAAGUCGGCCAUCGAGAAGGAAACGAUUCUCAAAAAAGUCGACUCUGCCCCCAAUGCAAAGCUCCCCACCGCCGAGAACGCUGACUCGAAAGCAUCACAUCGUCCCCUGCCAGCCUCAGUCACUUUCGUCCAAAAAGCACCAAAGAGUGAAAAAGUCACAGAAGACGAUGAAGAAGACAAAAGUGACGAUUUUUCCGUGGACGCUGAGAGUACGGAAUACGGUGGAGAGGAAACAGAAUUGCCGUUUAAAGUGACGCCCGAUAUGAUGUCCGCCGAACAUUCUACAGUACCCACCACCGUAGCCAAGACUACGGUAGCCACAAAGGCUACCGCGGUCACUAUAGCUCAGGAGGAGGAAAGUGAAGAAGCUGAAGUGGUGGAGGACACGAAAAAACCGAAAUCGGAUUUGGAAACGACGACAGCGACAAAAGCAACAACAAAAGCGAAACUUCAAGUCGAAAUCGGCGUCAGCGAUCCGGAUUUGGCAGAAGAGGAUGAGAAAAGUGGAAACACAUGUGGUGAAAAUGAGGAAUUCAACAAAUGCCCCGAAAUGUCGCGCGAGUGUGAGGCGAGUUGCGAUUGGACACGG